AUGUCAGAUAGAUAUAGACCCCCUAGUGGUCCAAAAGGAUCGCGGCCUCCUCCACCCGACAAGCCGAGCCUGAACAACCCAAACCAAAGACCACCAAACCACAACGGGCCGGCAGGAAACAAGUUCAAACAAAGAGACCAAUACAAACAAGCAUAUGGCGACUCUUCGAGGAGUCCGUAUCGGAAUGACUACGGCUCUGGUCCUCAUCCCGAUGGACCAUCUCAGAACUCUUCUGGAAAGCGAAGCUCUGGCGGUUAUCGAGAUCAACGUAAUUUGAAAAGGCCCAAUACCGACUCACUAUCACAACAGAACCAGAAUUCCUCCAGGAAACGACGUGAUUUUUCUGCCAAAGAUAUGUCACAGCUGGGGCCUCAGAACCUUAAGAACCAUGCUAAUGCACCUCCAUCGAAACCAUCCUCGGCUAAUGCCACACCUUUAGGACAACUGUCCUCGAACAAUUCACGCCCCGAACCUCCACGCACAUCAUCCUCUGGCGGGAACCAACCACCUCCUCAAAGAGUACAAAAUGGUAGUAGACCUGCCCCAAGGGGUCCACGCAUGGGUGGCAAUGAACCUAUUCGAAGCUCUUUGGGUCCGAAAGGCUCGUCUCAAAUGCCUCCCAGAGGCACUUCGAACGCCAAAAAUCAAGCUCCGCCUAGAGGACCAGCUGCAUCCAAGGGACCAUCUGCACCAAAGGGACCAACAGGUCCAAAAGGACAGCCUACAAAUUCUAACAAAUCACAAAAUACUUCGAAUCAAGGUAGAAAGGGCGCUCAAACAAAGAAACAGCCUCCUCCCAAGCUUCGCCCAGACCAAGUGUAUUCUGUUUAUACCACUCGAUCGUCUGAUUUAUACAAGCGAGUACAGCAAGUGGGAGAAGGAACAUACGGUAAAGUGUAUAAAGCAUGCAACGAAGUCACUGGCGAAUACGUGGCGCUCAAAAAGUUGCGACUCGAGACUGAAAGAGAGGGAUUCCCUAUCACGGCCAUGCGUGAAAUUAAGCUUCUUCAAAGUUUCGAUCACCCAAAUAUCGUAGGACUUUUGGAAAUGAUGGUUGAGCAUAAUCAAAUCACAAUGAUUUUCGAUUACUUGGAUCAUGAUCUUACUGGCUUAUUGACACAUCCAGACAUGCAUCUCACGGACGGGCAUAGAAAAACAAUAUUUCGUCAAUUAUUGGAUGGCUUGCACUACCUUCAUUCAAAAAGAGUCAUCCAUCGCGACAUCAAGGGUUCGAACAUUCUAUUGAAUUCCUCUGGAAUUCUCAAGAUUGCCGAUUUUGGUUUAGCUAGAAAAAUGAAAGUGCUUAGACCUGGCGAGAAUCCCGACUAUACCAAUAGAGUUAUCACCAUAUGGUAUAGACCCCCCGAAUUGUUGUUGGGGUCUACCAACUAUGGUCGUGAGGUCGACAUUUGGGGAAUUGGUUGUCUUUUAAUUGAACUUUACACCAAGUUGGCGACUUUCCAAGGUACAGAAGAAAUCUCCCAAUUGUACAAAAUCUACGAUGUCAUGGGUACGCCGACACUAGAAGACUGGCCAGAUGUGGAAAACUUGCCAUGGUUUGAAAUGCUCAAGCCCCAAGUCAAUCGUGCUUCCACUUUUGAAAAAGAGUAUAAACCUCUCAUGACAGAAGACAGCUUUGACCUUGCCACGAAGAUGCUAGAAUUAUGCCCAUCAAAGCGAAUCACUGCAGAAGAAGCACUCAAUCAUCCAUACUUCACCAAUGAGCCUGCGCCCGAGCCGUUGACAUUUAUGCAGCUGCUUGAAGGAGAAUGGCACGAGUUCGAGACGAAGAAGCGUAGGAGAGAAGAGCGUCGUAAGUUACAGGAAUUGAAGCACUCGAAAUCCACCGAGACGGUGAACAUCACCAAUUCGGUGAAGGCAUUGCCGGAGAGUGUGCCUGCCACCACACAAACCCCUUCAAUCAAACCCUUUGAAGAUGAGGACCCUGCAGUGCCUGCUAGGCCCGAAUCUGAACACGCCGAGACUCGUAGUUUUUAA